AUGGGAACAACGCCCAUAUGGGAACAACGCCCAUAUGGGAACAACGCCCAUAUGGGAACAACGCCCAUAUGGGAACAACGCCCAUAUGGGAACAACGCCCAUAUGGGAACAACGCCAAUAUGGGAGCAACGCCAAUAUGGGAGCAACGCCAAUAUGGGAGCAACGCCAAUAUGGGAGCAACGCCAAUAUGGGAGCAACGCCAAUAUGGGAGCAACGCCAAUAUGGGAACAAUGCAAAUAUGGGGAAAAACGCAUAUAUGGGAAAAACGCAUAUAUGGGAAAAACGCAUAUAUGGGAAAAACGCAUAUAUGGGAAAAAAGCAAAUAUGGGAACAACGCAAAUAUGGGAACAACGCAAAUAUGGGAACAACGCAAAUAUGGGAACAACGCAAAUAUGGGAACAACGCAAAUAUGGGAACAACGCAAAUAUGGGAACAACGCAAAUAUGGGAACAACGCAAAUAUGGGAACAACGCAAAUAUGGGAACAACGCAAAUAUGGGAACAACGCCAAUAUGGGAACAACGCCAAUAUGGGAACAACGCCAAUAUGGGAACAACGCCAAUAUGGGUACAACGCCAAUAGUGGAAAAAACGCAAAUAUGGGAUAA